UAAGGCAGCGAGGUGGAGGUGUCCCCUCCCUCAGGGCUGGAAGUUAACCUCUUGGCUUUUAGGAGAGGGAGGGGUUUACCACCAAGUACUCAGGCGGGAGGGGGUGUCUGCUUCUCCGGGGGCCCUGUGGUCAGUGCGUGAGUAUGCGGACAGGCCUGGAGGGUGGGGCCAUGCUCCCCACCUGGGCCUCCCUUCCUCAGCCCCGUCUCUGCACAGGGGAGCACCCUCGGAUGGGUGCCCUUGACGUGUGCCCCUUCAUCCCGGUGAGGGGCGUCACCAUGGACGAGUGUGUGCUCUGUGCCCAGGCCUUUGGCCAGAGGCUGGCGGAGGAGCUGGGUGUGCCAGUGUACCUCUACGGCGAGGCAGCGAGGACGGCCAGCCGCCGGUCCCUGCCGGCUAUCCGGGCCGGGGAGUACGAGGCUCUGCCUGAGAAGCUCAAGCAGGCCGAGUGGGCGCCCGACUUCGGCCCCAGCUCCUUCAUCCCCAGCUGGGGGGCCACCGUCACGGGUGCGCGCACGUUCCUCAUCGCGUUCAAUGUCAACCUGCUCAGCACCAGGGAGCAGGCUCACCGCAUCGCCCUCGACCUCCGGGAGCAGGGCCGCGGGAAGGACCAGCCAGGACGCCUGAGAAAGGUGCAGGGCAUCGGCUGGUACCUGGAUGAGAAGAACCUGGCUCAGGUGUCUGUGAACCUCCUGGACUUUGAGGUCACGGGGCUGCACACGGUCUAUGAGGAGACCUGCAGAGAAGCCCAGGAGCUGAGCCUCCCGGUGGUGGGCUCACAGCUGGUGGGCCUGGUGCCUCUGAAGGCCCUGCUGGACGCUGCCGCCUUCUACUGCGAGAAGGAGAACCUCUUCCUCCUGGAGGAGGAGCAGCGGCUCCGGCUGGUGGUGAACCGGCUGGGCCUGGACUCCCUGUCCCCCUUCAACCCCAAGGAGCGGAUCAUCGAGUACCUGGUCCCCAAGGUCAGGCCCGAGCAGAGCCUGGUGGACCAGCCCCUGUGCACCUUCAUCCGUGAGGUGGGCGCCCGCUCGGCGGCCCCGGGGGGCGGCUCUGUGGCCGCGGCCAGUGCAGCCAUGGGCGCUGCGCUGGCCUCCAUGGCCGGCCUGAUGACCUACGGGCGGCGCCAAUUCGAGCGUCUGGACGCGACCAUGCGGUGUCUGAUCCCGCCCUUCCACGCGGCCGUGGCCGAGCUGACCGCGAUGGUGGACGCCGACGCCCGGGCCUUCGAGGCCUACCUGAAAGCAACAAAGAUGCCCAAGAACACACCUGAGGAGAAGCACAGACGUGCGGCUGCCCUGCAGGAGGGGCUGAGGCGGGCGGUGGCUGUGCCCCUGGCGCUGGCGGAGACAGUGGCCUCGCUGUGGCCGGCGCUGCGGGAGCUGGCCCUGUGCGUGAACCUGGCCUGCCGGUCGGACCUGCAGGUGGCAGCGAGGGCCCUGGAGACGGGCGUGUUCGGUGCGUAUUUCAAUGUGCUCACCAACCUGAAGGACGUCACCGAUGACGCAUUUAAGGACCAGGAAGAUUCACAGAACAUGCAGUUCACCACGUGAAACGACACAAUUCGCUGACGUUUAGCACACAUACGGUGUUGUGAGACCACCACCUCUAUCAAGUUGUGGAACGUUCUCAUUCCUCCAAAGGAGACCCUGAGGACACCCCCAUUCCCAGCCCCGGCCACUACCCAUGUGUCUCUGACUUUGUGACAGUCUUUAAAAAGCGAUUUCCCAGCUCGGAAUGGGAGCACCGAGGCCUUUUCGAGGACCAGCCUGUCCUCACUGCCUCUCCAGCCAGGGAAGGCCCUGUCCACCACGGGGACAUCGGGAUAAUGGACGGGCCACUUGGGCACCGCCCCUUCGGGCCUCAAGGACACAGCCCUGCCCUCGGCUGUCAUGGCUAAAGUGGGGCGACCAGGAGGGUGGGGGCUGGGGUCUGGCGGGCACCAAACCUCAGGAAAGACAGAGGGGCCCCUCCCAUCCCCACGGAGAGACCCAUGAGGAGCUGGGGUCCCCAGGUCAGGGGCUCGUGGUCACCAAGAGUGGACAGCCCAGGGCGGUGACCGG